AACAGAGAUAAGAAAACAAAAUGGCGAAUCGACUGUGCUAGUUCCGUGGGAAGUGGGCUUUUAAAGCCUAAUUAAUAGCUAUUAGUACAGUUCAGUAUACUUUGUGAAUAGUUCUCAUCGAUGAAGCCAUUAGAGAGGAAUAAGGAGUUUUCCCAUUUUCCCUCGAUCUCGUAGUGAAAGUGUGUCCCUGUGAAAGAUAAGUGUUCAGCCUUAUUUCAAGACUUAUUUCAUAAUGGCUUUGGGUCUUUCUAGUAAAGGUGGAAGGGGUAGUUAUGGUCACAUCAGGUGAACUGCUGUGCCCAAUAACCGGAGAUGGUGUAUGAGAACUUCUAGUCAAUAUCGGUGCCAUUGCUAUUAUUACCAAAGAUUAUAGGGACUGAUUACAGUUUCUCUUCUAAAGAGAGUAGUUACUGCAUGUAAAGUCAAUCUAUUGUCAACCUUUGCCAUUAUUUGUAGCGUAACGUAACCAAACCGUUUGUAAAUAGGCCUACAUUAUCCAUGGUGGAAAUAUUUAGUGCAUGUUCACACUUUAUCGCUUAGUCCUAACACGAUGAAGCAGAAAAUAAAGGAAAAAAGGACUAACCUUUCUGGUAGUAGGAAAAGGGGACUGUUAUACUACUGUGAAUAUUGCGAGAAGCGAUUUACACUUCAGUACAGUCUGAAGAAACAUCUGAGAACUCACACAGGAGAGCGGCCAUAUCACUGUGAGGUUUGUGACGCCCGGUUCACUCAAAGCGGAGGCUUGAAGAAUCAUGUGUUGAGCAAGCACCAGGCAGAGCAGGCUUACACUUGUCACUUUUGUGGCAAAGAUUUCCCACUCAAGGACCGACUGAAAUGCCACCUGCGUGUACAUACUGGCGAAAAACCAUUCAGUUGCAGAAUAUGUAGUAAGCAGUUUGCCCGCAACAGUCAGCUGUCUCAGCACAUGAAAUCUCACAGUGUUCAGAAGCCUUUUAACUGCUCACUGUGCAGUGCGAGUUUUGUCUGUCGAACGAAUCUUUUGAACCACAUCAAACGACACGAAGGCGCAGCUGACUACAUAUGCGACAUUUGUGGGAAAAGUUUUGUGCGGCGGGAUGGACUACAGAAACACCUGGAUUUCCACGCGGAUAGGAAGACGUCCGAAUGUAAAAUAUGCAACAAAAAAUACAAGGGUCAUUUGAUGCAGCACAUGCGAACCCACAUGAAGGAGAAGCCUCACGCUUGUGCCCACUGCAACAUGAGGUUUGUCCAACGCUCACAGCUGACUGUACACGAGCGAACACACAGCGGCAUCCGACCAUACAGGUGUCAGGUGUGUCACAUGGCGUUCUCUCAUUCUACAGCAUUGAAAAUGCACAUCAGACGUCACACGGGUGAGAAACCCUUCAAGUGCCUCAUUUGUCCCAGCAAAGCCUUCAACCAACUACCGCAUCUCAAGAAACACAUGCUCACCAUCCACAAAACUGACAAACCGUACAUGUGUCAAGGGUGUCGUUCGUUUUUCAAGACCAAAAACCUACUCAUCGAUCACGAGAGUAGCUGUAAAUUCUCUAACGGAACAGAGGAAAAGAAACUGACAAACCCGCCUCCGAUGCCAAUAGAUAAAAUGAGAUUGCUACUGGCGUGCCUAUUUCAGAAGAUAUCCUCUCAAGAUAAAUUGGAAGAUUUAGGCUACGGUAAGAUUUUGAUUGACAACGUAUUGAUCUCUUCAAUUGAAAAUUCAGGCAGAAAGCCUUGCUUGGAUCAAGAUCUUGACGAGUUGACCAAGUUGAAGAAAAACAUUGAAAUUCUACUCGAUUGGACUGUGCCCAAAAUGUACAUGGAACGGUUUAAAAGAGAACAAAGAACGGUCGAAGACCUCUUAGAGGAAUUGACAUCAUGACAUCUGUUCAAGAGCUACCGAGUCUCGCAAAGCGUGAUUGGUUUGCCGACAUCUUGCCUUACGUGAGUCGUAGUCAUUUAGCCACACCGCAAGCUGUUCACCAAAGAUAUAAUCUUGCCAAAGAAAUAACUAUUUACAGCACUGCAUGGUUAGUUUUAAUCUAGGCAAAAAUGAGAUCUAGGAAUUUUUGAUUUUUUUCAUGUCAGCUUACUUUUUGUCUAACAGUGUAUUUUUUGUAUUCUUAGUUAACUUUGAUAAACCAGAAGUAUCCCUGUGUUAAACAAAUAGUUAGAUACUUUCCCCAGUUUUUUUUUAUUGACCACUAAAGUGGUUUUUGCUCAUACAAUGUGUUUUUGCUAUUUUGUUUGGUUAGAAUGUGAAGGUAAAACAUUACUUUAAUUUCAAAGAGGCCUAUAGGUAUAUUUUUUGACCAAUAUUUAUAUGCUGAAAAAUUAUCAUAAUCAAUGUCUGUAUUUUAAAAAGAAUGGUAAACAAACAACACAAGCGUUAUGUUUUUUAGUUUUUUCCAUAUUCAUAAUUUUAACAUAAAAUGAUGAGUUGCACUUAGUUCAAUCAAAUAAUUCUUUUUGUAGGUAUAGUUUUCAGGAAACUUGUUUAUUUUUGUCAUACCACUCUCUCUUUUGAUUAAACAAGUACAUAUCCAUGAUUCUGUUUUUAUCUUUUUUAUUGGUAAUGUAUUACUUUGUUACAGUUCACAUCACAUUGUGUAUUGCUGGAAGUGUACAGAAGUGAUUUUAGUUUCUCUAAAAAUAAUGCUUUUUUAUAGAUAGAUUAAAGAAUUUAGGGCCUUGCCACUAUUCUAACAAGAUGGUAAAUGUCAUAAUCUGACCUUAAAUGUUUAAAUUUAAGAUUGAUUGAAACCACUACACAGUGAUUAGUGUAUCUUUGUCUCUAAUUAAUGAAUUACCCUUAAUUACCUCCUCGACAUCGAUGACCAGCUCUUGCUGGAUAGACUUAGUCAAAAUUGCAGAGGUAGUUUUUUUACCAGACAGUAGGUACUAUAAAAAUUAAACAGAACCACUAUGUCUGGGAUAAAAGCAAACAAAAUUCCAAUAAAAUAAUUAUACAGGCUCUUUAGUAGGCUACAGUAUGUAACAGUCUAUUCAAAGAGUGUCUCAUGUGGUUUUAUAUAUUUUUGGAUAAUUUUAAAAAAUAAAAUAAAUUUAAUAGUCAAAUUAAUUAGAUACAGUAGGUGAUUGAUUGACCAAA